AUGUCUGCCCAGGCGGAGAGCCCUAUCGUGUGUGAAUAUUCCUUCUACGAGCCCGAGGCCAGCGAGCUCAACGUCAGCGCCCGGGGCCUGCCGCGUGACUUUGAUGAUAUCGUCUCCGACGGCUCGAUCUAUACGCCGCCGCGCAGCACGACGAGCGUCAGCUUUGAAGACAUGGAAGGUGAAGCUUUUCAAGAUUACCGGGUCGAAUAUCUAAGACUUUUCGAUGUUUUCGCCGAGACGAUUGUCAGCCUGGAGAACGUCGACUUUGACGACUCGGACAGCUUCGAGGACUGGGAGGACGAGUUCGAGGACAGCUUCGACGAGUCCGACUACUCGUUCUACGAGAUGCCCGACGAGGAGACGUUCGUUGAAAUGUACACCGGAUACGACGCGGCCAUGGGCGGCAACGCCGUUUGGACCCCC